AUGAAAAACGGGUGGAUGGCAAAUACUUGUACCGACAAGCAUCAAUAUGCCUGCCAAUCGAAACCGGCAUGUAGCAAUGGAUGGGAACUGUCUCGGGAACUUGGUCUUUGUUAUAAGGUAUUCAAUAACGCUACCCUGAUCGAGGCCGAGUUAUUCUGCCGAACCCAGGGAGCACAUGCAGCCUCUGUUCACUCCCAAAGCGAGGAUGAUUUUAUACGAAAUUUGGCAUGGAGUCCCUGCAGCAACACCUCAAAUGCACAAUCAAAUGAAAUUUUGCAAAACGGUGAGCUGGCUGGACAAUUCGGCAUCAGGAUACUACGGAAAGUUAUGCUCUUUACAAUCUGGGGUGAUUGCGGUGUCUACACACGACUCAAGUUGUGGCGAGUGUCUUCCAGGACAAUGGAUGACUGGAAUGUACGCAAUGAAUACACGAUUUUCGCGUUUCGUUUG